AUGAAGUUCAACAAAAGUGAGUCUGCGCUGCUGCGGACUUCGCCGCAGCCGCCAGCCCCGCAGCUCCGUCUUUUCCUCUUCAAAUUAUUUUCCAAUUUGCAAUCCAAGAGCUUUCUCGCCUUCGCGGCGGGGCGAAGCAGCCGUCUUUUCCUCUUCAAAUUAUUUUCCAAUUUGCAAUCCAAGAGCUUUCUCGCCUUCGCAGCGGGGCGAAGCAGCAGCAGCAGUUGCUGCCCCCAGCAGCAGCAGCUGCAUGCAGCAGCAGCAGCAGCAGCAGCAGCAGCAGCAGCAGCAGAAUGCCUCCCAGAGCUGUCUUUCUCUCGCUUUCGCCUCAAACAAACGCAGCUUUCCAUUCUCUUUGUCUUCUAG